GCUAAACUAGUUCUUCUAAAUAUUCUCAUAGGAUGCCUAAUAAAACACCGACAAAGUGGAUUUAUCCAAGGAUCUAUGAAUACUUUAGCGGUUCUAAAUGAGAAUUGCUGUGCGAUUUGUGGAAUAAUGUUCGGUUUAACAAUUGAUCUUGUUCAACAUAUAAGGACUAAUCAUCGUUCAUCAAGAUUUAAUCAACAAUAA